AUGCCUCAAACGGAAAAUUUCAGCAAAGCGCCCGAUGAAGGGAGCAUCACAAUGUCCGGAGAAAUGGAUAUUGCAGAGCUCAUGAUUUCAAGCCGCUCUCUGACAUCUCUCUACCUCAAAGUAGGAGGUACAGUUUGCCCUGAAAAGCUUGGCUGGGUCAGUUGUGUCAAGAUUUGCCUAUACUACGACCGUAUCUUGCUUGGGGAAAUCACCGUCCCAGAUACACUAAUGAUACCCGAUGCCGACAACUACGUGGAAAUCACAACAGACAGCAAUUAUGAUCCUUUUCAUUACAAUGAUUAUCCCGAACUGGAGGACGGUAUUGAUCAUGAAAUGAAAAUCAAGACUAUGGUGGGGUUUAAAUCCUUUAUUACAAGCAUUAUGCCUGAGAACGGAGUCAGCCACGAGCCCAGUAGUGAUAAACGUGCCACUGCUGCUUUCAGUAUUGACUCGACCGGCCAUAAUCUUACAAUGGCGAUCGACUUGAGUAAUGUGGCAAAUAUAAAAGCCACUACAAAGACCCUCGAAAUGACAGGGGCUGCGAUCGAUGUAGUCAUCACGAUGAUGAAUCCGGGCCCGCUGCAUCUUCGUUUCAAGACAGCCUACUUCAUACUCAAGCAGGGAAACAAGACUAUUGGAAUGGUCUCGGGGGAGUUCAACAUCGUCCCUGGAGAAUUUGAAGUGGUUUUAGAAGGGGAAUGUGAUGAAGAAAUCGAAGUUGACAAGCUCAACGGGACGGCAGUCUUAAAAGGAGACUCUUGCUGUGAGGAACACAGCACUUGGCUGCAAUAUGCUAUCCGACAAUUUGAAAUCGAAGUCGAUUUGGAUGGAACCGUCAUUGACAUUGAAGAUGAAAAAGAAGGUGAUGAUAAUUGGGACGAAGCCGGUGAAGAUGAUGAAGAUGAGAGUGAGAGUGAGAGCGAAUAG